GUUAAAAACAAAGCACAAAAUUUGUAAUACGGGGCGGAAAACUUAAUGCCUAAAUCGCGCCUUUCUUUUCAGUCGCCCGCGCAUAGUUACUCAAGCUACGACUCGGGCAAAAACGAGAGUGUAGACAGAGGUGCUGAGGACCUGUCACUGAACAGGGGAGAUGAGGACGAAGACGACCAUGACGACCAUGAGGAUUCUGAGAAAGUGAACGAGACAGACGGAGUGGAAGCUGAGCGGCUGAAAGCUUUUAAUAUGUUUGUCAGGCUGUUUGUAGAUGAAAACUUGGACCGAAUGGUCCCAAUCUCUAAGCAGCCCAAAGAAAAGAUCCAGGCUAUCAUUGACUCAUGCAGGCGACAAUUCCCUGAGUAUCAAGAGCGUGCCAGAAAACGUAUACGUACUUACCUCAAGUCCUGCAGGCGGAUGAAAAGAAGUGGUUUUGAGAUGUCUCGACCUAUUCCUUCCCACCUUACUUCAGCAGUUGCAGAGAGUAUCUUGGCUUCAGCCUGUGAGAGCGAGAGUAGAAAUGCCGCCAAGCGGAUGCGCCUGGACAGACAACAGGACGAGUCUGCUCCAGCUGACAAACAGUGUAAGCCAGAGGCAGCCCAGGCCGCUUACUCGACAUCAACUGUUUCAGGCUCACAGGAGGUGUUGUACAUCAAUGGAAACGGGACCUACAGUUACCAUAGUUACAGAGGGCUAGGAGGGGGACUGCUAAAUCUGAAUGAUGCUGCCAGUAGUGGACCCACUGAUCUCAGCAUGAAGAGGCAGUUGGCAGCUAGCUCAGGAUCGUCCAGCAGUUCAAGCUCCAGACCCCAGUUGAGUCCAACUGAAAUCAAUGCCGUGAGACAGCUCGUUGCCGGGUAUCGAGAAUCAGCUGCAUUUUUAUUGCGUUCUGCAGAUGAACUGGAAAAUCUUAUUUUACAACAGAACUGAGUCAGAUGACGACCAUAUUCACUGAGGUCAAAAUUUGCAGUUUCCACUAAUGACGUUUUGAUUUCCCAGCAGAGAUGCCUCUGGUCUUACUGCACAGUCUUUUAAGAGAAAUCCUUCCAUUAUGCCACAUUGUCCUUGAUCCAUAAAGUGAUGUGUUAAGGUGCUUCAAAGGAACUCUGGCCUCUGAAGUACUUGAGAUACUUUAACAUAUCCAGCCUAUUGCUUUUUGUUUUAAUAUGUCAGCAUAAAUACUGGGGUCAAAAAAGGCUGUUUAUUCUUAAUCCAAGGAUAAAACAGAAGAAGCUUGUGGUAUAUUUUUUAAAAAAG